AUGGCUGUGGGACCUCUAACGGACCUGAGAAAUCCUUUGCAGAUCAGCCUGCGGGCUCUGGAGGAAAAGUACCCUCAAUACCACAUUGUGCUUUGGGCUUCCGAUGGAGGAUCUCCAGAGCUUAUGCCCGGAACGCGAUGGUUCCGACGAGAUAGUGAACUCAUCUCGACCAAUAACCGCGGCUUCUGGGGCUUCAGUAAUGGCACACAUCACUACGAAUACUACCUCAUCAUUGAAGGAAUCUUUACAUAUAAAAAUAAUAAGAUGAACUCAAGCAAUUAUUCGACUUUCGUGGCCUCAACUGCCGGAUUUGACUUUGAGAAGAAGGAAUGCAUCAUGAAAACCAUACCCGAAUUUUCCAACUCCUGGAUGAGCCGUCUCUCCCCGGACAUGUGCUUGAAGGAUUUGACCUUACCGGGAACUCGGUCCAGCAGUGCCUCGACAUAUUGGAUCAACGAUGCCGCGAACCUCAAUAUUGAGCCGGAGAUCCAUGACAAGAGGCUGAAGUUGAAGUUGCUCGGUAUGCACAAGUUUCACAAGGAUAGCGUCCGCGCUCAACUGAAUAGCGGCAUUCGUUUGCUUGAUCUACGUUGUGAUGAGGAACGCAGACUACGACACGGUCCAAUAGUUCUGGAUAAGCAACUCGACGACGUACUCGACCAUGUCAAGGAAUUCUUGACAGUGAAUACGAAGGAGGCGGUCAUGAUCAUGCUCAGUUUCUCGUCCGCGUCCGUGGAGUACGACGACAGCAAGCCUUGGUCCGAGGGUUACAGCAUCAAGAACGACGAGGUGCCCAAGAACUUUAACAGGGAGUUGAAGAGGGAUAUGAUUAAAGACGACUUCUUGUACACGGGGAAAGAAUGGCCUAAGCUUAGCGACGUCCGCGGAAAGGCGGUCAUCUUCCGAGAGUGGGAUGUGGAGUCUGAUCAAGAUCGAUGGGGACUGGAUUGCCGCUUGCCAAAAUGGGAGGCUGUGCGUUGUUCUGGAUCAUCCACCAAGGCCUGUGAUCUCGCUGCUAAGAGAUGGAAGGAGCUGAAGAGAGAUUUCAGCAGCCGAGACUCGCUUAUAUCGAUCGUGCUGGGGGCUUGCCUGCGUCACGACCCGACGGACGAGGAGAGUUGGGUUCUUCCGCUGGAGACUGCACCCCUUCUUCAGAAGAAGGCAGAAGAAUACGUCAAGAAACAGAAGACGAAGUUGAAGCACUUGUGGGUCUAUGGCGAUGACAUGAAGGAAGAAACGAGUAUGGCCAUUGCGAAGCUGAACUUUUGGGGUUCGGGCGAUCAGAAACCCAGUCGGCCAGAGUCGGCCCCUGCUUAG